AACUAUGGCGCGUGCCGCGUGGUGCUAGUAAGGCUCGGAGGUGCUUGCCCGUGCCGUUGUAGCACUGCCUUCCCUCCCUUCUGUAUACCUCCAAUGGCCUGGACUUGCAGCAAUCUUCACCCCUCUCACAAAAUCCCAUACUCACUCGCUUCUUCGCUCUUCAUCUCCAAAGUUUCUCACGCUUUUUCCAAGUCCUUUACGACAUCGUUUCCUUCGCCUUCUACCACUCACACUUCGAUAAAAUCAAAAUCCCCCACUCUUUCAGUGUCUGCCACUGGCGGCACCUUCACCUGGGACGACGUCGUCCGGAUUUCUCAGCCGGAAAGCCUUCCAGACGAUUCUUCGGACCUUACAGGCUUCUUCGAGAAGAUCAGAAUCUGCAAUCGCGGAUCAGAAAAGCAAUCCGAGUUCCUUCCGUUCGCAAUCGAGGACCAAAUCGUUGGUUAUAUUCAUAACGGUUUCGCUAGCCAUUUAAGGAAGUUCCAAGAUGUGUUUGUUUUCCCUCAAGACAGUUCUUGCGGCGGCCAUGUGACCUUUCACCCAAUGCUGAGUACACCAGAGGAUAGGACCAGUGCGGUUGGAGAUGUGGUCAAACGCUUAGGGGAAGAACUGAUUCCAGGUAUACGGAACGAGCUAUUCCCCGUGACAUCGUCCUUUGGUGCGCCUGUCUUUUUUUCGCUUGAACGUGCUGCGGCUCCUUACUUUGGAAUAAAGGCUUAUGGAGUUCACAUGAAUGGCUAUGUUGAGAGGGAUGGGCAGAAACUUUUAUGGAUUGGGAAGAGAAGUCAAGAGAAAGCCACUUAUCCCGGGAUGCUUGAUCAUCUAGUUGCUGGAGGACUGCCCCAUGGGAUUGCUUGUGGGGAGAAUCUUGUGAAGGAAUGUGAAGAGGAAGCGGGAAUUCCCAGAUCCAUUGCUAAUAAAGCUAUACCAGUUGGUGCUGUUUCCUAUAUGGACAUUGAUGGUUACAGAUAUAAGAGAGAUGUUCUAUUUUGUUAUGACUUAAAGCUUCCUGAAAGUUUUAGACCUGAGAAUCAAGACGGAGAGGUGGAUAGCUUCAAGUUGAUUCCUGUGACGCAUGUAGCAAAUGUCAUACGGAGAACACAAUUUUACAAGCCAAAUUGCUCUCUUGUCAUUAUUGAUUUCUUGGUUCGACAUGGAUAUAUGAGUCCUGAAUAUAUUGGAUACUUGGAUCUGCUACAAAGUCUGAGGAGCGGGGAUUGCUCUUAAUGAUACUUUUUCACUGUAUUGUUUUCCCCUUUUUUCUUCCGCUUAAUUUUAAUUUUUAGCCUUUCUCUUAUGAAGGAAGAAAGGAAGUGUUGUAAGAAUUCAUUUUUUUUACCAGCAACUUUCUUAUGUUUUGGGUUGAAAGCCAAGAUAUUUUGUGAAAAUGAAGAAUGUUCUGAGCUA